CUCAUACAUGUACAUGAUCUUUCACCAGAUGUGUAUCAUAGGUUCACACAUAAAGUAAAGAUGCCACCUGGUUGGCUGCACCAGAGGAUCAGCAGAACGCGGGCGGGCGAACUCUUGCUCGAAAACUCACUAGAUGGCGCUUUUUUGGUUCGAAGCAGUGAGACUGUCGAUAAUGCAUUUGUGCUCUGUGUCUUAUUCGAAGGCACAAUUCAUCAUUACAGGAUAUUUACUGAUCCAAACGGUAGUCUGUCCAUACAGGUGCAAGAAGGAGCCAUGGUAGUAAAGUAUGACACUUUGGAUGAGCUCAUUCAAGGACACUCCAGGUUGAAUAACGGCCUCAUAACUAUGCUGAGGUAUCCUGUACUGGUGAGGGCCGCUACCACUGAUGCUCCAACCAGCACAGUGACCCACACUAACCCCGUCAUCACAGGUGGCGCUAGCGUUCCUGUCAGCUCAGCUGUCAUCAAAGCUCCUACCAACAGUGAACCCAAUGCUGGUGAUGAUUCUAGCGACGAAGAAGUUAUAGACGUGAAACGGUUUGCAUCACCGUUGCAGACAAAGCUAAAACAGAUGUCACCAGGGCGCUUCAAUGAAGAGCUGCAUAACAAACUUGAGACGUACGUCUCCAAUGGUGUCAUGGCGGACGUCGAGGCAGUCAACAGUGGACAACCACACCUGCCUUUGCUCAGAAAUGUUUUGUUUGAUUCGGCUUCUUCUUUUGCAAGUGAAGCGGAAAUCUUUCUGAAGACGCUGGACUCUCUUCGACAGCUAUUUGAUACCUCAGUGACGUCUAGUCAUAAACAACAGUUACAGUCUUCACUGCAGAGAUGUUCUUCGAUGGAGGAUUUGAUGGCAAAACUAAAGGAUUGCAUAACCGGUGUCGGCGAUCUGGAGAAGGAGGUGGUAAACUGGAUGGUGUCGCAGGAUGCCCUCUCCGUUACUUCAUCAGAAGCAUCUGUCUCACAAAUGAGCCGGUCAGUAUGCGACGAGUACUCAUACGAAUCAUCGGGAAACUGCCAAGACCCACCCGUCUCACCUCGCGUACCUGUCACAGCCUUCGAGGUGAAAGCUGUCAAUCCCAAGUUACACGUAUUUCAAACCAAUCAAAAGGCCACGCUGACGGUCGAUGCAAUGGCAGGGAAGCUGUACGCCGUGAAGCGAGACUCGACAAAGGACGUUCUAGAUGACAAAAACGUCUUCACAGACGACAGAAUAUUGCAGCUUAUCAAGUGCACGUCGAACAAGGCCAAGCUGGACAUCUGCAUCAGAGGUCGCAAGAAGGACACGUACGUGUUCACGAGCGCGCAGGAGCGCGAGAAGUUCUGUCAGCUCGUGCAGCUAAUGCACAGCAUGCACGCGACCAUCGACACCGUCGACAGCAUCUCGGUGUUUAUAGGAACCUUCAACAUGGCGGAUUCACAACCGAUGGAGUCGUUAGCCAACUGGUUGCUGUCCCACGGCAGUGGAAAGCAACGAGAUGGGGCGUUUGACUACGUGCCUCAUGACAUCUAUGUGAUAGGAACACAGGAGGGUAUCAUGGGCGAAAAGGAUUGGAUCCACAAACUUCUGUUAACACUCAAGGAUUUGCUGAUGAUCGAUUUUAUAGUGAUUGCCUGCUGUUCUCUGUGGAACAUACGCCUUGUGAUUCUGGCCAAGCCAGAACACAAGCACAGAAUCAGUCACAUUCAGCAGGCAACCGUAAAGACGGGCAUUGCUAACGCGCUGGGUAUGUUCCCGUUUGGAAACAAGGGGGCAGUUGGGAUAUCGUUCUACUACAAUGCUACCUCAUUUUGCUUUAUCAACGCCCACCUUACCUCGGGCCAUGAGCGACUACACAGGAGAAACCAGAACUUCAAGGACAUUCUGCGAGGACUGCAAGGUCUCGGCGACAAAUCGCUGAACAUGUUCGAUCUGACUAACCAGUUCCACCACGUGUUCUUCUUCGGUGACCUGAACUACCGCGUUGACUUCCAGCAAACGACUGUUGUCCAGGAGGCGGAGGCAUUGAGACUGGCGCCAGAGCCGAAAGAUUGCAGGAAACUGUUCCGUCAUGACCAGCUGACGGCUGCGCGGCAGGCGGAGGAUGCCUUCUGCCAUUUCAGUGAAGAGGAGGUGAAGUUCCCACCCACUUACAGGUUUGAAAAAGGUGACAGGAGUAGCUAUUCGUGGCAGAAAGCGAAAAAGUCGGGGAUCAGAAUCAAUCUUCCCUCGUGGACAGAUAGGGUGCUGUUAAAAUCCUUUCCCGGAACACAUAUUGUCUGCACGUCAUACGGAUGUGCAACGGACGUCAUCUGCAGUGACCACUGGCCUGUGUUUAGUUCGUACGAAGUUGGAAUCGCCACGCAGUUCCUUCCAACACAGUCCGACUCUGCCAGAAGUCGAAACGUUGUUGAAAUCGUCUUUGAGAACAUUUCCGCAGAGAUACGCACUGUGACGCACCAGUCGUUCAUGGCAGAGUUCCACUCUACUUGUCUGGAGAAGCCCAUGCUCAGCAAGCCGAAUACUAACUUUGUCUCUGAGGUGACAGGGUUCAGCUCCCCAACAUGGUCAGCUUCCGUCCUGCCCAAGCUUGUGCCAAUUUAUGGAGAUCCUGGUUAUUUAGAAGAUCAACAUAUCAUGAUAGCCAUCAAAGGAAGCAUCACAGAUGAGUAUCACGGUGAGUGUGUGGUGGCUUUGAAAGACAUGUUCAGUAUUACAGCCCAGCCUUUUGCCUGCUUUCUAAUGCACCAAGGAGACUCCACCGGCAAAAUAAGGGGUAGGAUGCACGUGAAGACAGUUCAACAUGAUGAGGCAUUCUACAGCAAGCGAUCUGCAACAAGAACUUAUGAGCUUGUGUCGUUCGAUGAGCUAGAGGAUAGCUGCAGGUACACGGACGGACCGGGUAAAAGCAGCGGCCACCUCCCCAAGAAACAUCAGUCCAUGUUGGAGCCAACGGCCAGUAAUUUCCCAGACCUGGCAUGCAGGCCCAACACUGCUUUCCUGGAGCACACCAACGUCUACGAGCCUGUGCAAGCGAAAAGUGCCACCGUGUUCUACGAUUUACCACCCGAUUGUAAACCGACAGUAGAGGACAGCAAAGCAUUCAGCAACAACAUUGCUCAGCCGAUCUUGCCACCUGAAGAAUCACCAGGCCCACCGAUCCCACAGCGGUCUACACAUGUUGACACCUCCAUGGCUCUCUUCCAAUUCGGGGAACUGGAGAGCUUGCUGGCAGCAGAAGAGAAGUCACUGAGUCAAGCAGAGGCUGCGCCGAAAGUAGCCGAACGUCGCAAUUCCUUGUAUGACAAUCAUCCUGAUCCUGAGUUCAGUUGUGUGGCACUGGAUGAAGGUACACCUGCAGAGUCUAGGGGCUUAUCAACACUAACUCCUCAGGACCAGCAAGUGUUGUCUGCGCGAGAGUGGAGCCCCGGCGUCUCGCAGUCGUCUCAGCCCGUGCCAAAGCCUCGAACGAGGUCUCGGGCCUCCAACGUGGGGGCUCCGGGGGAAGUGGAUGCCGUCGCGUCAUCGCCGACCGCUGCCGCCUCCGGAAAUACUCUACGCUACGCUCAGGCUGCCAUCUACGAUACGCCGAAACCCCGGCCACAGGCCCCUGCGAAGCCUCAAGUUCCCAAGCGCUUCCACGACUCGGCAGCUACGAGGAAGAUGACAACAAUCGGAGACUGGCUGUCGGUGAUCAACUUGCAGCAGUACACCAACCGCUUCCUCUUCAAGGGCUGGGACUCCUUGGAGUUCAUCACAGACCUGACCAAAGAAGAUCUGGAGGAAAUGAAUGUGAGCAAUGUCGAGCAUCAGGACACUAUACUGAACAGCAUAAAGGAGCUGUUUUCGCAUUAGACAGAAGACUGCGGUGGCUGAGUGCUGUGGAUUCAUCCCAACGUUGUUUUCACAUGCGUGUUGCCAGUAGCUUUUUUAUUUUCUUUCGUGGAAGAAAGGACAUGUUAAAGCUGGCUCAGCAUAUAGACUAGUAGUCAAUAGCAGCACUCAUUUGUGCCUUUAGACCAUCAUGCGGCGAUCAAACAAUGUAGGGAUUUUAAACCAGCAUAUCCUAGUUCCAGACCAGUACAUUACUCAAUACUAGCUUAGGGGCUGAGACAAGAUGACAGGGAUAUAUAAACAUUCAACCCUGUUGGAAAAACCAGACCUGAUGGCAUGAGUGUUGACAAAUCAUAAUCCUUUCUUCGUAAGAAAGUCUAGAAACCAUUCGAGUCGUGAUGGUCAAAUGCACCGACGUUUUCUAGAUUAACUUGCGUUUUGCUUCAAGCAUCACCAGAAUUUAUUAGUCUCUGCCCAUUAUGUAUACUAUUUAGACAGACAUUUAUGGUUUCAUCAAUCAUGCUUCCUGCAGUAAUGCAUUCAUUGUGAAGUCCAACGCUGCGAAAUUUAGCUGCUGUUCCAAUGUGUGUGUGUUCUUGGAAAGAGAGGAAUGGUGAAUUAAUAAUCAAUAUUUUGUUUCUGAUCAUAUCACUUGCGAAAUGUGGGCAGCUAAAUGUAUUGCUGUGCUCUUACUGUUUUUCCCCUGCUGUGAUGUUAAACUGAUUUGGAAUAAGUCUUAUCCCCGUGUUUAUAGAUAUAUAUAUAUAUAUAUAUAUAUAUAUAU